AUGCGCCAGGGGAAAGUUGAGAGCCUUCGUUUCCUCCUAUUUCUUGCGCACUUGACGCACUUGACGUACGCUGGUGCCAAAGCUGCAGCCUUGGUCUCUGGCCGUGGGGAGCUGGGCGCCCUCUGUCCGCUCGGACACUUCCCCUGUGGAAACAUGAGCGAGUGUCUGCCCCAGGCCUCUCAGUGCAACGGCCUCAAGGAGUGUCCCAAUGGAGCUGAUGAGCGCCACUGUGGUGACAACGCGGGCUGGGCCGACCUGUUCGGGCGAGUUCUGCAAAACACCAGCCCAGAGCAUUACAACAUCCUCAACGAAUGCGUGCUGGAGGAUUACCCAGAAAGCUGUGACUGCAUCCGGACGGAGGUCAUCUGUGUGAUGGUGGGUCUGCAGGACGUCCCCACGCUGCCCCCAAACGUCACCUGGCUGUCCCUCAGAAGUAAUCAAAUCAGGACGCUGUCGGACUAUGUCUUCUCUGAGUACUCUGCGCUGGAGAGAUUGUUCCUUCAAAACAACAGUCUGCAAGUCAUCUCCAAAAAUGCCUUCAGAGGUCUAUACAGCUUGAAACGAUUGUUCCUGAGUGAAAACUUGAUUUUGUCGCUGAGUCCUGGAGUGUUCUCCGACCUGCACCAGUUGGAGUGGCUGAUGUUGGACCAGAACCCUCUCACCAGCUUGUCCCGGGACACCUUCUUAGGGCUUCAGUCUCUCGUGUUCCUGUCGAUGGUGCACACGUCCCUGAAGCAGCUCCCUCUGCCCAGCUUCUGUCAACACAUGCCCUCCCUGGACUGGCUGGACCUUGAAGGGAACCAGAUCCAGACCCUGAACUUCUCAAUCCUGGAGUCGUGCAGUAAACUGGAAGUGCUGCUUCUGAUGGACAACCAGAUCAACAUCGUUCCGGAGAACACCUUCCAGUCCCUGUGGAAACUCGCAGAACUUAACCUGUCCAGUAAUCGCAUCAGAGAGCUUCCUAAAAACACCUUCAAGAGCCUGGCCAAGUCGCUGCUCAAACUAAAUAUCUCUCACAAUCCUCUGCUGCGCGUCCACUCCGCCCACUUCAGUCACCUGACACUGCUCCAGUCCCUGGACUUGGAAGGAAUUGAAAUCCAGAAUAUUCAGACGAAGAUGUUUCUCCCGAUGAAGAACCUCUCCCACAUUUACUUCAAGACAUUCCAGUAUUGCUCGUACGCCCCCCACGUCCGCUCCUGUAAGCCCAACACCGACGGCAUCUCUUCGUUCGAGGACCUCUUGGCGAACAUGGUGCUGCGAGUGUCGGUCUGGGUCAUGGCCUUCAUCACCUGCUUCGGGAACCUCCUCGUCAUCGGCAUGAGGUCUCUGAUCCGCGCCGAGAACAACCUGCACGCCGCCUGCAUCAAAGUGCUCUGCUGUGCAGACUGUCUUAUGGGGGUAUACCUCUUCUUCGUGGGGAUUUUCGACGUGAAAUUCCGGGGGCAAUACAACCGGAACGCCCUGAUGUGGAUGGAGAGCGUGGAGUGUCGCACAAUAGGGUUCCUGGCCAUGUUGUCGUCAGAGGUUUCUGUCCUUCUCCUGACUUAUCUCACUCUGGAAAAGUUCCUCGUCAUCGUCUUUCCCUUCAGUAACCUGCGACCGGGGAAACUCCAGACUGGGGUGGUGCUGUCGUCCAUUUGGGUGGUGGGCUUCAUCAUCGCAGCGGUGCCUUUGAUGAACGAGGAGAUCUUUGGGAAUUACUACGGCCACAACGGGGUCUGCUUCCCGCUGCACUCGGACCGGCAGGAGAAGCCCACCGCCAAAGGGUACUCCAUCGGGAUCUUUCUCGGCCUGAACUUGGUGGCGUUCCUGCUGAUCCUCUGCUGUUACUCCAGCAUGUUUUACUCCAUCUACAAAACGGGAAUCAACGCCACGGACCUGAGGAGCCGCCUGCACAAGGACGUGGCGGUGGCAAACAGGUUCUUCUUCAUCGUGUUCUCUGACGCCCUCUGCUGGAUCCCCAUAUUCUUGGUCAAAAUCCUGUCUCUGCUGGAGGUGGACAUUCCUGGCACCAUUUCCAGUUGGGUGGUCAUCUUCAUCCUGCCCAUAAACAGCGCCCUGAACCCCAUCUUGUACACCCUGACCACCAGCUUCUUCCGGGAGCAGGUGGAGCUGCUGCUGUGCCGCUGGCAACGCAGGCACAUCCUAAAGAAGGACAGAAAGAGCCUCACCUCCUCCACAAUAUUCAUGGAGGCUCCGCGAGGAUGCUACCAGCCCCCGGCCUAUCUGCAGCAGGUGUCAUUGACUGGUGACCCCCGCUAUGCCUGA